AUGACAGAAUGUUUGGAGGACAGUGGGUUUUCUCUUUGGUUGAAAACUUUUUGCGAUACUUUUAACACUUUGUCAAAUGACCAAAAGAAUUCCGCGAUUGAAGGUAUCAUAGAUACAUGCGGACCCGAACAGCUACGGUUUUUGUCCACGAAACUCGAAACACUCGUGAAACGAGAUUACUUGAAAUGUUUACCUCUGGAGUUGAGUUUUCAUGUCUUGAAAUGGCUGGAUCCUGUGUCCCUGUGCAAAUGCUGUCUUGUGAGUAAGAAAUGGAACAAAGUAAUUUUAAGCUGCGAUGAUGUUUGGCAAAACGCUUGUAGGCAGCUUGGUAUGGAAGUCAAAGAAGAUAACGUGGAUUCUGAAAGAAACUCGACCUCUACCACUACAUGGAAACAGAUAUAUAUUUCACAUGUACAGGAUAUGAAAAAGUUAAAAGACGAGGGUGCGGUGGAAAAGAAACAGCUUUAUGGUCACACAGCUAGAGUGUUUGCACUUUAUUAUCGUGGAAAUUAUCUUGCUACUGGUGAGAGAGUUUUGCUCGCUGAGCGAAGCUGGGAAUGGUUCAUACGGAGUUGAUAAUGUAAAUUAGCCACCGUAAAGAGUUUCUUGAGCUGACGUCUCAAGCGUUAUGCCUUCGCCAUUCGUUCUGAAAAAGGGCUAACGCUAGAAAUGUCAAGUUUAGAAACUCUUUAUGGUGGCCAAUUUACAUUAUCAACUCAGCAGAUAAAACCAAAUUAUCUUGUUACACCUUCCCCCCUCCCCCUCCCUCACCAAGACACAACACCACAUUUUCUUUAGAAAAAAAGCCCUCUUUGCCCCCUUAAGAUUCAUACAUUGGAAAAGUGGGAUAUAACGAGUAAGCAAAAGUGACAGGCUGAGAAAUUUUUCCAUUUCCUAUACCCUGCCCUUCUGUUUCUCACCCUUUAAAUUUCCUAUAGAAAAAAACAGCUCUCAUUUUUGGACUUGCAUCUUCCUUCCUGCCCUAAAAAAGUUUCCAGUCUUCCUAUCCUGUGUCAUAUCCCAUAUCCUGUAACUACCCCUCUCCAUGCCCUUCUAUACCCACCACCCUCUCCCUGCCAGCCAUAUCCUGUCUCCCAUACACACUACCCUCUAAGCAGAGUCACCUUUGAUCUUUCUGUCUUCCCCAUCCUUCCUGGAUAAGCUCCAACUGGAUUGGCUAUGUGCCUUAAGCCUUUGCUCAGGUACAGACUUUACCUUACCUUUUCUGCUCUCCAGGAUCAGAUGAUAGAUCAAUCAGGUUGUGGGACUUGAAGACAGGACAGUGUAAAUAUGUUUUGAAGGCUCAUACUUGUGCAGAUGUUCACUUUGAUGAUGAUAAGGUCAUCACAGCCUCAUUUGACAAUACUGUUGGCAUGUGGGACUGGGAAACAGGAGAGAGAUUACAAUGUUUUAGGGGACACACAGCAGCAGGUAAAAUAAAAAACAUUAACAGGAAGAAAAUACUAUCAGAUUCCACUUAUUGACAGAGUGGGAGGGUCAGAUGGGAAAACAUUUGGCUCCUGACAUGAAUCACAGAUGAUGGCCAAAUAUUUCCUCUCCAGCCCUACGUCUGUCAGUCAUUAGGUAUCUUCUCACCUGACAAUCCUUUCUUCUUUAACCUUGCAUCUUGCUAUAUGACUUUUCCAACCCUGUACAUGCCAUUGCAUUAAUGACCCUUAUACAGGGAUUUUUCCUUAAUGUUUUGUACUAAAAGUGUAUGCUGUCUGGUAUGUGUCAUAUGAUUGGUGAUUGUAAUAAUUUAAUUUAUUGUGGAGGAUUGGGUUCCUUCAGUAUUCAGUCAGUACAUUUAAACCCUUUACACCUUAAUAUCAGUAUGCAUAUUCUCCAUACAGUUCUUUGUACAUUUCCCAAGGUGUUGACAGGGAGAAUUUGUUUAACUUUUAAGAGUGUCUUUAAUUGGUGAUCAUUUCCUGGGAGCUUAUUGUCUGAUUCAAGGGUUAUAUUGUAAGGAGAAAUGAGAUGAUAGUCACUCUUAGAGGUUUAACUCUUUAACUCCCAUGAGUGACCAAGACAGAAUCUCUCCUCACAAUAUCAAUACUAUGUCAAGCAGACUAGUGAUGAGAAAUAAAAGAAUUUAGUGAGAAUAUAAUGGUGGGAUUAUCAGUUGAUCAAAUACCAAAUUCUCUAAACUAACAUCAUAAUAAUUGUAUAGCAAACUGUAAGGGGGAUUGCUGUUGAGAUCUUGAUCCUCACAGGAACUCAACAGGGAUUGAACCUAGCCAACCUUUGGCAAUACUAGUUCACAAAGCAAUUAACCCUUUGACUCCCAGUAUCUGAUUGUCAAUUCUCCCCUCUAGCUGCUACACAUUUUCUUGUGAAUAAGUUGCAAGAAUUUGGUGUUAGAUCAAGAUAACAACUUCUACCUGAUAACUUUGAGUAAUCUCAUCUCUAGUCUGCUGGAUCGCUUAUGGUUAUCAUAUGGAGAAGUUAUAUCAAUAUGUUAAUUACUUCUGGGAGUUAGGGUCAACAAAGCCAAUUUUUGUAUUUUAGUGGGCUUGUUGACCCACAAAGGAAUCUGAUUUCAAAUAGUAUGUUUAUAACCAUUAAUUAUGAAAAAAAAACAUAUCACAUCCAGUGGGUAUUUAUCCUAAUUAAAUGCAAUUGAGAUCAUGGCUGAUAAUUUUUUUGUAGUCAGGCUCAGAGCAAUUGCUUCUCAACAGGAAGCUGUUUCAUGGCUUAAUGUGUUGACUUCAACCAGGGCAUACAUGCAACCUCUACUUGCAGUCUCUCCCUCACCCCACCCUCCCUGUUUCCUGCAGGGAUUUAAGUAAAUUGUUCUUGACAAAUAUUAAUCUCUGUUUACUACAGUGUUCUCAGUUGAUUACAGUGAUGAACUGGACACUGUUGUUAGUGGUUCAGCUGACUCUACCAUUCGGAUUUGGAAGAUGUCAUCUGGACAAUGCAUGCAGACCAGAUAUGGUCACUCAGACUGGGUGGUAAAGGUAUCUACAAAAUUUCAGUCUCUAUAUAAAAUUUUUUUUUUUCAAACAUGGAAGAGGAUGAACUAAAUAGUCUAUCAUGGGAUUUAAUCACAUGUACUCCCCUUUUAAAACAUAAGGCCAGUUCAUUCUGUAGUGUAAUUGUGAGUGAGACAAUUUUCUUCCAUUGUGCUUCUCUCCAACCAGUAGUUUAGAUAAGUGCUAGAAAAGUUUAAGGGAAACUUGAAAGAUCUGUGAGGGAAAGAAGGGUUGUCUGUGAUAGACUUGCAUCUUAUCCAAAGUUGAGUAGAGACAGCAAUUCGCCAUAUGCAAAGAAAAGGUGAGAUCUGUCAGUAACAAUGCACUGGCCAAUUAGCUUUGCAAACUCAAGCUUCACGCGGCAAUAUGACUUAAAGAUUUCUUUUUUUUCUUCUAUUGAUCUGCAAUCUCUGACUUGAACUUGGAAACUUAAAUAAGGGGAACAUGAAAAAUUAAAAUGGCAAACUUACAAAUAGCAAUAUCAUUUACAAGUGUAUUUCUUUCCUUCUUUCGACUGGCGACCUCAGAUCCAAAUGAAUCUCAGCACCUGUAUGUGAUUGCUGUUUUAUGUUUUUUACACAAAGGUGAUCCUCAAAAGAAGUGAAGUAGACACGCAUACUCACAGAAAGGGUCAGUACGUAGUGCUCAGUAUGGACAAACGAAACAUCAAGGUAUGUUUUAAUUUCAUGGCCAUCGUGACCAUCGCAAUAGUGUUAAGCUGGAAAGGAAACUUUGUUGAAAAAAUGCUACUGAACAAGUCAUCUUGAUAUCUACAUGUACUUACAGUUGUGCUUGGAUUGAGAUAUGGACCAUGAAGGUCCAAUAGGACCUAAAUAGAACAAGUGCGCUAUGUUCUAAUUAGCGAUGCAGCAUUCUUUGCUUUCGUUUUGUUAAGAUCUGGUCUCCCGAUCGUGAAUGCUACAAGUGCCUGGCAACAUUAAGUCCUGACACCGAGUCCACUGUCAACCUACAGCCUCGACUUCAGUUUGAUGGACAUAAAAUUGUGUGUGCUUCAGAGACAGCGAUUCUGCUGUGGGAUUUUAAAACUUUGCAAAUGACAAGGUAAGUCAGGGAAUUUCAAUUUCGCUACGUAUUCACUCGAUACUGCAGACAAAUAAUGUAACUUGUCUUAAAUUAGGGGCUGUUAUCUUUACUGCUUUUCCACGCAUUGUGCGUGUUGCACGUGGGAAUCACACGCGCAACUUGAGCGGUACUACGGUUAAAAACUCUGCAAAGAAAUCUUCGCCUUGUAUUUGAAAUAUCUGUGAUUUUGUUUCGUUUCCUUUGGUGUUUCCCUCCAUAUAAUGGUAUGAGACUAUCAUGUGACUAUGUGUGGGAACACUAGAUACAUUGGUACUGUUGUCACUGUUGCAUUGAGUAAAAUUGUGAAACGUAUUAACAACUGGGUUGAAAACGUAAAUUAGCCACCGUAAAGAAUAAAAAAGCUGACGUUUCGAGCGUUAGCCCUUCGUCAGAGCGAAGUGCCUGGUCCUCUGACAAAGGGCUAACGCUCGAAACGUCAGCUUUUUUAUUCUUUACGGUGGCUAAUAUACGUUUUCAAACCAGUUGUUAACACUAAAUUACCUGCUAUACUCUCCCACCGAAGCAGCACCACAGUUUCUUUAGAAACUUACCCCUUUAUUCAUUUGUGAAACGUAUUGUUGGACUAACAGAAAUUUCAGUUGCAAAAUAACCCCACAGUUGUUAGAGGAUUAGUUUCUCACUGAGUUAAGUCAAGAUAGUCAUGAAUCUGAGGACCCUUAGUAGUCAAAACUCCGUUUCUCCAGACGUUAUUUUUCUUACGGCCAAGUAAAGAAAUGCUCCAUUUUCUUUGAUUUCAACCUGCAGAAUCUUCACGGCAUCGCCUGCUAAUUGGCUCGUAGCCCAUGGGCAUUUUUAUAGCCUUCUUGUGGAUAUGAACUUUCUUUAUAUAGUUUACACCAAAAGCGAAGAAAUUGUUGCGGAAUUUCCCUUACCUGCGUUCCGGAGAUCUUUACGCGGGUCGAAUUUCACGCCUGGUGAAACUUUAUGGCUGGACGGACUGGUCACCAGACCUUAUGGAGGCCUCUUAUUCGCAUCAAGUAUGCCUGAUUAUAGUGUCUUACUGCUCAUGCUCAAAGAUAGCACGUGACAAAGAUUUCAACCAAUCUCAGAGUUGCGUCAAUCUUCUUCCAAAACCACGCGGCAUUGCUUUUUCCCUAGUCCCCGCUCGGUCUUUUGAUAAAAUCCGCGUUAGCAAUGACAAAUUACAGGUACGAAAAUAAAUUAUAGCUUUGCAUCAAGCUCGAAAUAAAUGUUUUUGAAAUAUCUUUAAUCGUUCUGUUAAGGCACUUCGUGUGGACACGACUGUGGUUGCGCAUUUUAGGGAUCAAUGGG